AUGGCGUCUUUCUCCGACUCACCUUCGGAAAUUAUCGCAGAGAUAAUCAGCGCUCUUCAGGACGAUAUCGCCGCUCUGGAGGCAUGCUCUCAGACCUGCUCAUUGCUCCUACCAUUGUGUCGCAAAUACAUCUUUCGAUCCAUCCGCAUCACCACUCGUUCCUACCCACAAAGAAGCCGUCCACGCAUCAUUAGAUUAUUCGGAAUUCUUCUCAGCAACAAUCCAGGAAUUUCAGAUUUGGUUCGGAAUUUCGUAUUCCACAUGUGUUCGCCUGACUUUGAAGCUGAUGAUGUGCCCCGGGUACUGGGAAAGCUCCACCAUCUUCAAUCUUUCGAGCUGGUAAUUGGUGACCCUAUCACUGCAGUCAUGUGGAAUGCAUUACGCCAACCGCUUCGAGAUGCCUUAUUGCAUCUAAUCCAAUUGCCCUCUCUGUCCCGCUUGGCUAUAUCAGACAUCCAUGAUUUCCCAACCACCGUAUUCUUUCCUUGCAUGAAUCUAGCCGACCUCAGCUUGAACUACAUCACAAAACCUACUAUGGCGGUAAGCCAUGAGGAAGAUAUUUCUGCAUCGGAAGCCGCCCCACAGCUUCAGUCAUUUGCUUCCAGUCUGGACCGUGGUUCAUAUGCAAUGCACCUUCUCAACGCCAGACGUCCCAAUGGCGUUCCUGUUCUAGACUUCAGUAAAGUUCGAAUGUUGAGCGUCGAGGCGGAUAGAGAGCAGGAUUUGAUGGCAAUCCAAGCAUUGAUUAGGGCCACACAGCAGCUUGAAACUUUGAAAUACGCAACUGGAAUGACCCAGGGAUACACAGCUUUCGCCUCAUCGAUAAACGCGUCAUCUCUCUCAAUGUUGAGGACAUUGCACCUUCAGCACGAAAUCAAAGAUGAUAUUCAAGACCCCCUCUGCGGAAUCUGCGAGGAAUUUAGCAUUAUUUCGGGGUGCAACGUGAUUGAAGAAAUAUUCCUGGACGUCUACGUUGAAACCGACUGUCGGUGUAAAACCGGAAGUGAAUGGGGAAGAUUCGAUGCUGUACUAUCUCGUGGUUUCCCCAAGCUUCGCACCGUUUCACUCACCAUCGAAAUCUCUGCUUUCAUACCGCUCUUCUCUGGAGCCGCCUUACAGGAACAGGUAAACGAGAUUCCGAGCAAGUACUUUCCAUGGCUGUCUAGCAACAUACAAGUAACAUUCAACUUUUCCACCAGCCUGCAUUGA